AUGGGGCCAAUUGGCCGGAGAGAUUACAUUCGUAUAAUCGAAUGGGACGAGGUGGGCCACAACAUAAUCUCACACAUAAUCGUGUCAUAUGACAUAAGUGGAGUAAGAUCCAUCCAGUUUGGUUACGUCGAAAAUGGAGCUCUGGUCAUGUCAAAAACUUAUGGAGGAUCACCACUUGGCUUAAGCAGCCGAAUCGUGAGGCUGAAGCAUGAGUCUGAGUUUAUCACUGGGAUUAGCAUGGAGAUAUACAGUAAUUCUAUAACCUCUCUGACGUUUCAUACAAAUCAAAGGAAACACGAGGCGGUUCACUUGACAUUCGAUACCAAAUUCUCAAAACCUCAGAAGAUGGAGUUGCAUUCCGGGAUACUUGAACGGAGUGAAUUUGGAGGUUUCUUUGGAACUCGUGGCGAUUUCGACUUGUUCUCAAUUGGUAUCUGUGUAAGGCUUAACCUCCCUGGUGCUGAGAAGAUUAAAAACGAGAAGGUAUGA